GAGGCAGCACUCGUUAAUAGUUCUUCGUUGCGUCUCCAUUUUGCACCGCGGCCGCAUGAAAAUUCUAUAACUUAUAGAAAAUUUUGCAAACGUUUGCAUUGCGAGGAAAUCUAAAAUAAUAUUGUUAAUACUAGUUAUUAACUCGCGGCAUUCCGUAGAAAAUUUUGCUAUUUGGUGAAGUUCUUAUAAAAAUAGAAUAAAUAGCAAAACUUGCUGCUAGGAAGUAUUGCAAUUGUGGUUGCUGCGCUGCCGGGUGAAUAAGGAAUACAACAAUUUUUUUUUUUUGUAAUGGAGAAAAGUGGAUUUAAAUAAAAUAGAUUUUUCAAUUAAUUAAACAGUUUCUUUAUUCCAAUCAAAAUGAUGUUUACAGGCACAAACCAACAACAAGAUACUCGCUUCAGCGACAAGGAAAAAAAGCUUAUGAAGCAAAUGAAAUUUGGGGAUUGUCUAAAUAAGCGUGUGGAUAUGUCGAAAGUAAAGCUGGAUGUUUUGAGACCUUGGAUAAGUAAAAAAAUCACUGAUAUUCUUAACAUCGAAGAUGAUGUUGUCGUGGAAUUUGUGUAUAAUCAACUCGAGGAGGAGAAAUUUCCUUGCCCAAAAAAGAUGCAAAUCAAUAUGACAGGUUUCCUCAAUGGCAAGAAUGCCCGUCAAUUUAUGGGAGAAUUAUGGUCUUUACUAUUAUCUGCUCAAGAAAGCGAAAGUGGUAUACCAGCUGAGUUUAUACAACAAAAAAAAGAAGAAAUAUUAAGAAGAGAAGAUGAACUUAAGCAUGAAUCGUCUCGUCGUAAUGAUCACUCACGUUCACGUGAUAGAGAUAAAGAUAUUGAUCGCGAAAAAAGAAGUGGUGGAAGAGAGCGUUCAGAUGAAGUUAUGUCACAGCGUGAACGAGAACAGCAAUUACCAUCCAAUACAUUAAGUGCUAUAGAGCAUGUAAGGUCGCAAUUAGCUGCAAAAUCAAGAUCGGCUUCUACAGAACGAAAUAAUGUAGGUACUAAUAUUUCUAAAGAUAAGCCAGGUGUUUUAGAUAACGAUGUAGCUAGUGUAGUAACUAGCAAUAGAGAUCGUUCGAAGUCUCCUAAUUCUAGGUCUGCAGCUACAGAAACUGCUGCAACUAAAACGCGUAAUCGUUCACCUCGUAAGCGAACAAGAGAGAGAUCUAUAGUACGGGGAUCAUCACGCGAAAGGUCAUCCCCUAAUCGCCGUCGUAAUUCAUCUCGAGAUAGAAGAAGGUCAUCUCGUUCACCUAGACGUCGUUCACCUGAUCACAAUAGACGUCGACGUAGCAAUUCAAGAGAUCGUGGUAAUCGUCAUCACCAAUUGAAUCGUAGAAAAUCACGUUCAAAUUCACCGGUGAAACGUCGAGAUAAUUCACGUAAUGGAAAUCAACGUUCAUCAAAUAGAAAAUCUAGAUCUAAAUCUGCUGAAAAACGUAGGUAUUCUCCCAAGCGUACAUCUCCACGUAGAAAACGUUCAGGUUCGCGUAAUUCUAAUGCAGGCAAACCUAUAAAUGGUCAUGAAGAAGUCAAAAAAUCUGUUACAAAAUUAGAUGAAAAACCUGUGGAAAAUAAAAAAGGAAAAAAUAAAUCACCAUCAUUUAGUCGUAGUUCGAAGUCUCGUUCUUCAUCGGUGGAGGUAAAAAGGAAUAGAGUUUCCAAAUCUAAAUCGAGAUCAAGGUCAAAUGGUAAAAAAUCAAGAAUGCCGCCGUCACGUCAACGUUCUAAUAGGUCAGCUUCACGGUCCUCAGCUGGUUCAGCACCAAAAAAUAAAACAAGGCGCUCGCGUUCUGCAAACACCAGCAUUUCUUUGUCACCAGAACCGCGUAAUGAUGAAUUUGAAAUACGCAAAAAUAAAAAUAGUGUUCAAAAGAAACGACAAUAUCGCAAUAAUCGCGAUUCAUCGGGAAGUUCCGUCGAGAGAGAUGCUGGCAGGAGACAAAACGAUGGAAGACGUAGAGAUCCUCCUGGUAGGCGAAUGAUGUCACCCCGAGGAAAAAGUCCUCGUAAUGAUGGAGGAGGGCGGAAUCAACGUUCGCGUUCACGACGACGAUCGAAAUCACGCAAUAGAUCUCGCUCCCGUUCACCAAUGCGUCGCUCACGCUCUCCAAGAAGGUUUAAUCGUCGCCGUUCUCCUAAUCAAUUUUACCGUGGACGUGGAAAUAAUAAUCGUGGUCGCAUGAAUCAAUGGCGUCGGAGUCCAAGUAGGAAUCGUGGUGGUAAUCAAGACAGGGAGACACACUUAACGCGUAAAAACUGCAUACGUAUACAAGGCUAUUCUUUUUAUGACACCAAACAUCCCGAUGGUAAGGCUCACGGUGGUACUGGUAUAUUUAACAGAAGUACUAUGAGACAUUACGAACGUUCCGAAAAACAUCUUCAAGCCACUACAAUUUGCAUACUUAUCGCCCAAAUGAAGCUAGUGUUAUCUACCGUAUAUAGCCCUACUAGAUUUUCGUUAACAACUGACCAUUUUACAAAAUACUUUGAUUCCUUAGGAUCGAAACUCCUAGCAGUUGGAGAUUUAAAUGCUAAGUACACUUUCUGGGGCUCCAGAUUAAUAUCGCCACGAGAAAGACAACUCUAUGCAGCUCUAAAUAAGGGACUCGAAGUCAUAUCAUCUGGAAAGCCCACUUAUUGA